GGGGGGGGUGUGUGUGUGUGCGCGCGCGGCGCGGCGCGGCGGGCCCCCGCCCCGCUCCAUGUGCCGGCGGCGGGGUGGGUGCCCGGCGGCGGGGCCGGACCGGGGGGGGUGAAGUGUUGGGGAGGGGGGGGGGGGGAGUAUGUUUCCUGGCGGAGCGAUAUUUGUUUACAGGAUGAGCGCCGUACUAUGGAAUUUUAUGACUUGCUGGACACUGAAUAGGACAAGGACAUGCGUCUUAUGAGAUAUAUCACUUUGAGAUCUCAGAAUGAAAGCAGCAUGAAAUGUUAUGGCGAAGACAGAACAGCAAGAUACAGGAGUCUCAGAAAUACUCAAAAAUCAGGUGCCUGGCACACUGAACCUAUUGAUCUGUGUAGGAUUUGCGCUGUGGUCCAUUUAUUGAAGAUGUGAAGCAACGUCGAGUCUGAGAUUGGAAUUACCGGCAGACUGGAGGAAAUAUUAGUCCUUGCAAUGCACGUGGACAUGCUGAAUUAUAAGUAAUUCUAGCUUCUUUUCCCCUCCCCCCCCCUUCCCCUCACUCAGCUAUCUCAGGGUUCAUAGAGAUUUCAAUGGUUUGCGUGCCUGUAAGUUUGGAACAGAAGUGACCAAAAAUGGGGGACCAGCAAUUGUAUAAAACUAACCAUACUGCCAACAGCAACGAGAACUUGUACUACCAACAACACCAAAUGAACUCCCUUCCAUCUCUAAAUCAUAGCUAUGGGACAUCUGUUAUGGAUGCCUCCCAAGCAUCCCCUCUCUCCCCCCAGUUUCCCCAAGAUUCAAGAGACAGUAUAGCUUUGCCUGUAGGUUCAAAAAGUCUUGGGUCAAUGGAUACAUCUAGACAAACCAGUUGGACACAUUCUGGCUCAGGAAACCAUGUCCCAGUGCGGAACAAUUUGAAUAAUCAAAGCGCAAUGUGGAGCCCCCUCGGGCAGGGGGAGUCCCACGACGGAUACCAAUAUUCUUACUCUCAACCCAGUGAAAAUCGAUCACAAAAAAUUACCAGUGGGGUCCUGCAUAAAUUGGACUCCUUUACGCAAGUAUUUGCUAACCAAAAUCUGAGGAUUCAAGUCAACAACAUGGCUCAGGUUUUGCACACGGAGUCUUCGAUGGUGGAUAAUGCUGGUGACAGCGCGCUCAGGCAGCUGCUGUCCCAGAAGCCAGCGGUUGAGCAACAGCCUGUAACUUCCACUGUACAAAGAUAUCAACCAGUGCCACAGCAAACACACCAGAAUUUUGCAAGCACACAGCAAAAGCAACAAAUGCAAGUCAUGCAGCACCAACAGUUGUACUACGACUACCAGCAGCAUUUAUCACAAAUGCAGAUGCAUUCCGCGUUUCAGCAAGGACAGACGCACGUCCAACAAAUGCAGUCCCAGCAGCUCUUACCGCAGCAGAUGCAGCACUUGCAGCAGACUCAAUACUACGCUCAGCCGCAGCAGGGACAUCAGCGGCUCUCGCUACAGGAGAUCCAGCAGCAGCAGCAACAGCCAACUCGGCAGCAGCAGCAGCGGCAGUGUCCAAUGCAAAUAGCUCAGUAUUACCAAACGCAACCUGUCAUGCAGCAGUUACAGCAACAGCAGCAACAGAUGCAAUUGCCGCUUCCUCCGUAUCACAGGGAACACGAUCCAAAGACUAUGCAUGAACCGCACCAGUACCCUCAGGAUCCAAGUCAUCCUGUGCAGCUUAUCCAGUUGGGAGCAGUGCCUCAGUAUUGCUACCAAGACCCACACGAACAGUACAGGCACUUGUACCCGCAGAGUUUACUGCCGCAGCAAGAUCAGCAGAAGCAAUACCCGAGUGAGAGCAGAGCACCAUCUCUGAACUCCCACGUUGGCCUCACUCCACCAGAGACCACGGAGGAUCCCGCACGGCAGGAGAUCAAUUCUGUAGGUAAUGCUGGCCCUCAUCGAACUCUUUUGCCCCCCUCGGGAGUUCAUCUGAACAACAAAAGCUCUCAGCAAGACUCUCCCAGCGCCGCGUGGCCUCAGCAGGUGCAACUGUCAGAUGGCAGACUGCAGCCGCUCUCCCCAGAACAAAGUGGCCAGAACAGAGAAACACUUCCUGAGAGAGCUGAUGCGAAGAACAAGCUAAUGUGUUCAAUAUGCUUGAAGGAGUUUAAGAGUUUGCCUGCUCUGAAUGGUCACAUGAGGUCACACGGAGGAGUAAGAGCAUCUCCGAACUUCAAACAGGAUGAAGGAGAGAAACCACCACAGCAGCCGCUGCCUAAAGAGGUGGAUAGCCUCGCGCCCAUCGUCAUGCCAGUGUCUGUCCCUGUAAAGCUUCUGUCACCUGAGCCCAGCACGCAGCCCUCUGCCAGCUCUGCCACAGUCAAAGACAAGCCUGCCAACUCUGUGUCAGAUGAUGAGAUGCCCGUUCUCGUGAAGAUGACUUGCUCUCCACCGUGCAGUCCAAAAGUGGCCAACCCCUGCUCAUCCUCUGAAAUUAGCAAAAAACCUCAUCAAAGUGCUGUAAAAUUGGAAGAAAGCUUCAAACCAUUGCAGGACAAGAAGAAGUAUCGACACAGACCCGAACCUCUCUUCAUACCUCCUCCUUCCUUCAACUUCAGCAUGUCUCACUCCGGUGCCACCCUGUACCAGAGUCAGCUUCGCUCUCCCCGUGUCCUCGGAGAUCAUCUGCUAGACCGGACACAUGAGCUCCCACCCUACACUCCACCACCAAUGCUUAGUCCAGUUCGGCAAGGAUCUGGUCUCUUCAGUAGUGUUAUCACAUCAUCUCAUAGCACCUCACAUACUCAGCUGCCACUUACUCCACUGACACCUACUCCACGGGUGCUCCUGUGUCGGUCUAACAGUAUUGAUGGAAGUGUCAUUCCGGUGACGCCGGGGCCUGGAGAACAGACUGUUGAACCUCGAAUCAAUAUUGGGUCCAGGUUUCAGGCUGAUAUUCCUGAGCUGCAGGACAGAUUGCUAAUGGAGAAAGAUGUGCAUAAGGCUACUUUGGUGUGGAAACCGUGGCCGGAACUGGAGAACAAAGUCUUCCAACAAAGAGUGGAAGACCUUCUAAAUAUGAGCUGUUCCAGUGUGUUACCUGGUGGAGGAACUAACUCAGAAUACGCUUUGCACUCUCUCUUUGAAGCUAAAGGAGAUAUUAUGGUUGCUCUUGAGAAGCUGCUGUUGAGAAAGCCACUGAGAUUGAAGUGUCACCCUUUGGCAAAUUACCACUACGCCGGCUCCGACAAAUGGACGCAUCAAGAAAGGAGGCUGUUCAAAGAGGCAUUAUCCACCUACAGUAAAGAUUUCAUAUUUGUACAGAAAAUGGUUAAGUCUAAGACAGUUGCACAGUGUGUGGAAUACUACUAUACCUGGAAGAAAAUCUUGCGUUUGGGACGGAAACACAGAACACGUUUAGAGAAAAAAAGAGAGGAAUGCCUGACAAGUGGAGAAGAGGAAGUGUUAGAGGAAGAUGAGGAGACAGAAGAAGACAGAAAGGAAGAAAGGGAAAUGCAGAAGUCUCCUGACCCACCAGCUAUCCCUCUUGUUGGACCUAUAGAUCUGCCUUCCCUUCAGAGUCUUUCACUUUCUUCGUCCUCCUUCAUCUGUGAAAUGCCAAACUGUGGCGCUGUGUUCAGUUCCCGACAAGCGCUAAAUGGCCAUGCUCGCAUUCAUGGAGGUACGAAUCAGGUGACAAAAACACGAUGCACCAUUCCAGGCACUAAGCAGAAAUCUGGUACGCAGAGCGGGUACUGCUCCAUCAAGAGUUCACCUGCCCAUAGCACAACAAGCGGUGAGACCGACCCGACGACAAUCUUUCCUUGCAAGGAGUGUGGCAAGGUAUUUUUCAAAAUCAAAAGCCGCAAUGCUCAUAUGAAAACUCACAGACAACAAGAAGAACAGCAGAGGCAGAAGGCUCAGAAAGCUGCUGUGGCAGCGGAAAUGGCAGCCACUAUUGCAAGAACUACUGGGCCAGCUGGGCAUAGUUUGAUCCCUCUGGAUCACAUGAAUUUGGUUAAACAUGUGGAAAAUGUCGGUGACAUUGACGACGAUGUUGUUCAGGAGCUGGGUGGUGUCAUGGAAGAGAAUGAAGUCAUGGAUGCUGACCUUUUAUUGGAUGAUGAAGAUGCAGAUCUACUGCAGGAUGAUGCUGAGUUGUAAAUAAAGUUGUUUGAUAAAGACAGCUACUGAGCACACCCUGAAUGGAUCAAUCAGGAAACCUGGACUGUUCGUUUAUUCCCCACUGAUUGUAAACUACCUGUUGAAAAUUAUAAUUCUUUUAUCCAGGUCUAGAAAAAAAAAAAGAAAUCUGCUCUUUUUCCCUUUUUUUUAUUCAUUUGUGUUUUGGGGAAAAAAUAAAUAAUUGGUACAAAUAUUCUUAUAAGGUGUUUUUAUCUGAGCUCAUUUUGCUGAUAACUUCCAAGGCCACCAAUUAUAGAAGUUCAUGGUUCUGCUAUCACUUCCUUCCAGAUGUUCCCGGUAGGAUCUUUAAUCUUUAACUCUUCCAAGUUUUGUUUUAGCCCAAUUACAAGAAUUAUCUUCACACACUUCUGAUGGAACAUUGUGGGUUUUUUUCCUAUACUGGAUCACUUCCAGCAUCUUCUAGAGACUAAAUGUCAUCUCUGUUAAGGAGAUGAUUACAUUCUUUGUCUUUGUGCUGUCAUUUUAAGGGAGGUGGAGGGGAAAAAAAAUAAUCUGAUUUAACUGUGAAAUAAUUACAGGAGUGACUGUAUCAUUUGUAGUAUCACAGUACUUUUUCAGUUCUGUCUUGCCUUAAUGCAUACAUGUUAGGCAGUUUGUAAAAGCAAUGGUUACACUGUACAUUUUAGAGCUUCCAUUUUAGCAAGGUUUUGAUCUGCUGAUUUUAAAAUGACCUAAUUCAAGGAGUGAAGAAAGAAGAUGAUUGUACUGUCGUUCACAUCAUCUGAUGGGAACACUGAAUCAGGAACGCUGCCUUGGUAAUCAGAUUGCACUGGAAAUAUAUUUUGCUGUGACAAUAAAUCACACUGUUGAAUAGCCAUCUUGGUGGUUUGAGGAGAGUGUAUGCUCGAGCAGUGCAGGAGCUUGCUCUCCCACCAGCCAAAUACAGGGAGACAUUCUUGCCCGUGGAACAGAGGUUGACAGAAUAUGCCUUCAGCACGUGUUACUUGUUACUCGUAGGCAUGAAAUGUUAUUCUUGUGCCAUUUUCAGUCCUCCUCAUUGCAUCAAAUUCAAAUGUUGUUUAUAUAGUAAAACGCACUCCAAAUGUGAGUUGACAUUACUGUUUAAUUACCGUUUCUCCUCCCUUAGCUGCAUGUCCAACACCAUUUACAUAAAUUUAGAUUUGGUUCUCUAAGUAAGUAGGAUCUCAAAAGAAUUGUACCUUGUAGAACUGAAGAAUUAAGGAAGAAUUAGGUUGAGUGGACCUUUAGUUACAGAAUAUGAAUACUGAUUUUAGAGCUUUUGCAGGUAGCAGCACUGAUUUUCUGGUGAAUUUUGCACAGUAGAAGAGUGUUGCUAACUUUAUAAAAUAUUUUGUAAGACUGAUUUCAGAUCUUCCAGAUUUCAGGGUUGUUUGGGUUUUUUUUAUGGGUUGGGUUUGUUGUUGGUUGUUUGUUGGGUUUUUUUUGACACAUUCCUAAUGUCUUCAGCAGAAUCUGAGAGAUGGUGGAUCUUAUUUUCUACUGUCUUUCUUCCUUGUAUAACUAUGCAAAAUGAGGGUAAACCAUGGCACUUUUGUGUAGGAGUACUGGACCACACAAGUUCAAAACCAGUGGGACUCAUUGGCAGGGAGGUGCCUUCUCUGUCAAAGCCAAAUACAUGAAGCCAAAUGACCUGAAGUUUCUACUUAAGGUCAAACGUUCUGAUACAAAAGAACAACCCUUCAGGAGAAUGGAAAUCACUUCUCAGUUUCAGGUUAGUGAAGUUCCUGCGUACGUGGUUUGUUUCAGUGUUUUUGGGGGUUGUUCCAGAAGGGUGUUUUUUAAGUUGGUUUUGACCAGCGGGGUGGAAUUUCACUCCCUCUGCUGCAUAAAGGAUGAUGUUCUCAAUGACUGUACCUGUGAGUUUCAGGAGAUCAGGCAGCAGCCGCCUUUUCUCUCCCGAGCUGCCUGGCAGCACGCUCCCCAGCAGUUCCUGUCCUGUGCUGCGACAUGUUACUUUUACAGGGGCCAUGCAGCCCUGGCUCAACAGACAGCUGGAUGCCGCCAGCUAGAUCCACUGAUAAUAAAUUUUGUAGAUUGUGUAAGUCUUAGUGGUUUGCAAAGUGGAGGCUUUUGUGAGCAGUAACUUGGGUUGACUUUUUAGAAACAACCCGGCAGAGUCUACUCUUUCUCUUCCAAACUUGUAUCAUUUUGAACUUUUAAGGACCUUUCUGAGAAAAGGCCGCUAAACUGGAAAAUGGAGAAAAUGUUUUCGGAUUCCCCUGUUAAUGGUAGGAAAAAAUUUGAGUGUUUAAGCAAACUAAUAAUUGAAGUCAGUGGGAGUUCUGCUUGAAGAAGAGAGUGAAAUACAGUAGAAACUCGUGGGCUUGAUUCUGAAGAGCAGCUUUAUAUUAAACAAUCUACAGUGGAACUUUUCUAGCAACAAUGGGACAGGUAGCUGUGCUAAACCUAGUAUAUAUAAAUAUAUAUACAUAUAUACGCCUGGUUCUGUAACAUUAAUCGGGUGCUGUUUUAUUGUACAGCCAAGAAGAUAAUAGAACAAUGAUAACCAAAGAAGUUAUUCAUAAAGGAAAAAAAAAAAAACAAACACAUUUCUUAAGUAGUACACGAUUUAGACCUCAAACACUGACUUCAUUAUUAUUAAGUGUUGCAUUGGCUGAUGUUAAACAGAUGCUGUUCUGCCUGUUUGUACAUAAGUUGGACAUAGUUUUAUUUGAGAAAAGUUGUUUUCUUGCUGAUGGUUGAUGAUGGAAAACUGUUCACUAUUGAACUUAGUCCUCUUUGAUAAAACCUGUACAUAUAGAAAACAUAUUUUAUGAGAAAAAUCUUAUUUUCAAUAUUUAACUGUUAUUUUAUUAGAAGAUGGUUGUAAAUAUUUUAGGUGCUGUAGUGUAAAAAGCAGACUGUAAUUUUAGGUGGCAGAGGAAGUUACAAAAUAAAAAAAAAAAUAUAUACGUUUGUGAUCCAUGCUGGUUUCAGGUUCCUGCUGUUAGCAUUUGGCUUGCACACAGCUUAAUUUCAGGUUACGGCCUGCCUGGAUGUGUGUAUUAAGUUGGUGUAGCGGCAUGAAUUUAGUACUUGUUUAUCCUCCCCCUUUAAAUAUUUGGUACUGAUCAGAACUUGUGUUAUAAUAUUAACUGCUGUUUAUAUGUGUAAAAAGAAAGGGGUUUAUAUGACAUUUCUGGUCGGUUUUAUACUUUGGUAAAAUAGAGUUGGCUGGGUUUUGCUGAUAGGCUGAAUACCUUUUUCUUUUUUUUUUUUUAAAGUAUUUUUAAGAGGGAGAGAAGGUUGAAAACCAAGUUCACGUGUCAUUUUCUUUCAAAGAAUUCCUGAAUCGUUCCGGGGGUGGGGAAUUAAAUAAAUAUAUGUAUUUC